AUGGCACGUAAUAACCGCCGCAAUGUGCUUCCCAACACCUAUGUGCCUGUUUUAUCGAAGAAAGCACUCACAACAGUUCUUAUGAGACUGCCAAAACGUUCCCUUUUGGAGUUGGUCCAGCGAUGGCCGCAACUUGCGAAUACUCAGCCAAACAUAGAUGGAGCUAAACCUCGAGAAAUUCGUCGAAUUGGUAAGGAAAUAUUGGAGACUGUGCGCCAGUGGCGUGCUUCGUCCGCUGGAGUAUCCAAGAGAACAAUAGUGGACACUAUAGUUCAUGAAUGGUGGAGUGGAGGACUCAAUUUGCUCCAGUUGUCGCAGAUAGAUUGCCAGCUUAUUGUAGAUCGGCCCAAUGCAUACUCAUGGGUUUAUUCUACCGUGAGAGAUUUCAAGGGUGCAGAGGUCGCGGUGUCUUUGGACCCGGCAAAGUUCUUGGAUCGCCUUUCUAUGGAUCUUAGCACGUUGUACCUCUCCUACAUUUAUAUCUGUCGUCAUCCUCAACUUCCACUCGUACUCAUCCGCAUCCAGGUUUUCGACAUCCAACCAAUGAGUACAGUCAAGCGUUCUAAUCGACCCCACAUAUCUUCGAAUAGGCCGUUUCUUGCUGCAAUCCCCAUGAAUUCAAGCCACAUUAUUCACAGCCCCGGUGAUGAUGUGGUAUCGAGCAUUGUCCAUCAGGCCAUCGAACGAAGCCUCCCACAGUCGCGUGGUAGACCACUUACAUUGGAGGCUGCUACAAAUCAAGCUCCCGUUCGAUCGCUCGAAUCCAUGCAUAUUUUGCAUGGAAGUUCGAGGUUCGCAAAGAGCAUGGGAGCUUGGGCUCCAUAUGCCGAUAAUAGCGUCGAUAUUUCUCCACUUGGAGACACCAUAAACCAUGCGCUAGCGUCGGAAAAUGUAAGGGUGCCACCAGUGGUUUCACCUUUGCAAGAAUUAAAGACAAUUGCAAACCUACGAUUCAAAGGAACAAAGGACGGUAAAUACAAAUCUGAGAAAUUGUAUGACGAUGACGAGGGCUCGAAGCCUAAAAGAUGGCAUGGUGAUCACGAAGACGAAGCAGAAGAGAAUUUAACUACCAGUGAAUUCACAUCCAUCGCUCCCAUACAGCAUGUUUCUUUUUUACUAAAAGAACCCGUCGAGAAGUUGGGAGACGAAGCGGCCAUUAAAAUAACAUUAGCAGGUUCUGAUGUCUACGCUGGACUCCAUGAAUUAUCGGUUUCUACGACUGAUGAGAGUGAAAUGGUUCUCGAUCCCAGAUCUAUUCCUAAUUGGCUAACAGGUUCCUAG